CAUCAGAACUCAAUACACAACAAGAGCCACGCUCCCCCUCCCCCCACAUUUAAUGCCACCAUCGUCUCUUUUCGUUUUCAAUAUUUUUUAGUAACUUAUAAGCUUUUAUAACUCCAAUUAUAUAACUUCAACACAUUAAAUAAACCCACCAAUGAGAAGCAAGCAUAAUCCAUGGACGACUCCUCUGCUCUCCUGCUUCAUCUUCUCCUUCUCAUUUCUCUCUGCGGUAUUUCAAUAGGAUCCAAAUUCAUUACAUGGGAUGACCUGAGCCUCGAUGAUUGGCCUGGUAAAUCGAAUUUCAAUGAUGGGUUGAAUAGUAGAACUCGGGUUAUAUCUGUUAGCAGAGAUGGGAAGAGUGACUCAACAACUGUGCAGGGGGCGGUGGAUAUGGUACCAGAUGGUAAUACACAGAGGGUGAAGAUCUUCAUACAUCCAGGAAUUUACAGGGAGAAAGUGACCAUUCCAAUCACAAAGCCUUACCUUUCGUUCAUUGGCAACGGGAAAUCCAGAACGACGAUCUCAUGGCAUCUGAAAGCGUCUGAUACAGAUGCUCAUGGACAGGUUAUCGGGACCAUGUAUUCUGCUUCUGUAACUGUGGAGGCUGAUUAUUUCUGCGCACAUGGAAUCGCUUUCGAAAAUACGGCUGCAGCACAAGCAGAACCAGGAGCCAAGGGGAUGCAAGCAGUAGCAUUGAGACUAUCAGGCGACAAGGCUAUGCUAUACCAUUGCAAGAUACUCGGAUCACAAGAUACUCUAUUUGAUCAUAUGGGAAGGCAUUAUUUCCUUCGAUCCUACAUUCGAGGAUCCAUAGAUUUCAUAUUUGGAAAUGCAAAAUCCUUGUACGAGGGAUGCACACUUCACGCGAAUGCGGCCAGCUAUGGAGCAAUCACAGCAUCUCAGAGGAAGUCAAAUUCAGAAGAUUCGGGGUUUUCUUUCGUAAAAUGUAAGCUGAAAGGAACUGGAAUGCUGUACCUUGGACGAGCAUGGGGGCGAUACGCAAGAGUGGUUUAUUCCUACUGUAAAUUCCCCGAUAUCAUCAUCCCUGAAGGCUGGAAUGACUGGGGAGACCCAUCAAGAAGAAGUUCUGUUUGGUUUGGAGAGUUCAACUGCACCGGAGAGGGAGCAAAAUCGAGAGAUAGAGUACAGUGGUCAAGGUCACUAAAUUAUGAUGAAGCGAGGCCUUUCUUAGAUCAGUAUUACAUCAAUGGAGAGGAAUGGCUAAGACUGUAGUUCUGCUUUUGUAGAUAAUUUACACAUUCUAUUUUUCUGGAUAUUGAAGUACCUAUGUCAGAUGAAGCAAUGAUGCUUGCCCACUGAAGGAAUGUUAAUCAUGAUUCGUUUGUUAAAUAUUACCAUCAGAUAUACGUUAUAAACA